AUGCCUCCUAAAAAGGAGGACCGAAAGCCUACGCCGCGUGGCGGCCUUCCAGGCGAUUCCGAACCUGAUAAUGAUACUCAGCCAGCCUUAAAAAAUGCUGUGGGGAGUGUGAUGAAAAGUGGCAGAUUCCGAUGUGGCAUGUUGAAGAACGGCAGUCCUUGCGGCUCGAAGAUGGCCAACGCCGGCCAUAAUAUUUCUUCCCAUUUGUCCAAGAUUCAUAAGCCCAACUCGGCUUAUCUUCAAAAGCAAGCGCCGAAGAGUGACCUGCGCUGCUGUGGUCGCAAAUAUGCGAACCUCAACAGCUUCCGCACUCAUCGCCGGAGAAAGCACAAAGGCGCGGAAGACGGCACCGGUAAUCAAGAGAAAAGCCCCCAGGAUCAUGCCGCCGACGAGGCAGCCUCCAAGGGAAAAGAAGAUGAGAGUUCUGACGAAGGGGAUAACUCUCCACCCGAUCGACCAGACCGAGGCCCGAAACCUCGGCGAGACGACGAUGACGAGGAUCAUGGAGGUGCACCGGUUGCACAAACAAUGCCAAUGAUCGAUCUGGCAAUGAUCGAUCCCGCGCUUUUGAACGAAAGUUCCCAUCUUCCAUUGUCCGCCUCUUAAUUCGCAUCCUAAUG